UUUGCACGCUCCCUGUUAGGUCGCAGCAUUUCAAAAAGACUGCUCCUGCUCCCACUCUCUCUUUCUCUCUACCUGGAAAAAUGGCUCAUUUUCUCUCUCUAUCUCGUAUUUAGUUUUGAAUUUUUUUGAAUUUUUCUCCAUUGCAUCGUUAUUCAUCUGAGGUAAAUUCCUACUGUAACUUGAAUAAAUUGCCAUGAGGAACUGCCAGAUCUGUUUCCAUUCAUGAAUCUUUCAAAAGGCACAUUCCCUCAGUGCAGACUUAUUCUCUCUCUAUUUUCUUCAAUUUUAGGUUUUCUAGUGCUUAUUCUACCAGUGUAACUCUUUUGUUUCUCUCUCUAGGUUUUCCUAUUUCUUGUGAUUCUGAUUGUUCUUUGUAUAUGCUCUUUCUGUAGGGUUUUCCACCCUCUAUGUAUCUCUUCCUCUCCAGGUUUUUACACUUUUUCAUUUUCUUCAUCCGUCUUUUCAUCUCCCUCUCUUUUCAGCAUCUUCUGUAAUUUUUUGUUGGUAUUUUUUUGUUCCUUUUAACUGUGACUGCAACACUCCCUAUUUCCCCUCUCUUGUUAUCUCUGUGGGGUGUCCUUUUCCUCUUUCUCUUUCUUUUUGUUAUAUGUUUUUGUCCAUCUCUUUUUGCAAUCUGUGGGUAUUCUUACAGAUUCAGGUAAAAGGCCCCACAGUCACUACAAAGGUAAAGCUUUUUUUGGGGUCAUUGCCUCUCCUUUUUCGGGUCUUUUUAUGAUUUUUUUUGUAUACACAUACUCUUUCUCAAAGUACAUACCAUAACAAAGGCCCUACAAAUUUCUCUACAGGCCUCUCUCUCAAGCUCUCUUGUUUCUCUCUCUAAGUGCCGCUAGAUACAAUAUAAAAGGCACCUGCAAAUUUGGCCUUAGUACAGUCCCUUUAGGGAUACUGUUUAAAUGUAGGGCCUUCUCUGUUUCCUUGUUCCUUUUCCAGCCUGUGUUCCUUCUGUACGCACGUGUAUGGCUCAUUUGAAUUCCAAUUCAAUCUUCAGUUCCCUUAAUAUUAUUCUUCAAAUCUCUGAAUCUGGAUUUGCGGGUUUUCUAGGGUUUUCAUGGCUCCCAUUUCAAAUCCAGGAUUUCAUAUGUAUACUACUAUAUUAGAGCCUUCAAUAAAGUGACUUUUGGCUUUGUGGAUUAAAGAUGGGAUCAAGCCAUAGCAGGACAUCUUCUUCAUCGAACACUCCAAGGGUGAAUGGGGUAAGGGAGAAACGGGUUUUUAGAUCCCCUUGUUUUGGCCAAUUUUCAUACCAUCCGGAUAAUGAUGAUCAGGCCUCUGGUGCUCAGUAUGGGGACUGCAGCGAUUUCGAGAGUGGAACACGUAGAAAUCGAUCUCGAUCGGCAUCUGAACAAGUAAAGCACAGGAAUUGUGGAAUGUUCAAGGCUUUGGGGACCAACCAACUUCCAAAUCUUGGGAAUGACACACACCCUAAUGGAAGUGUUCCAAACAUUGACUCUGGUCCUGGAAGCAGUUCUACAUAUCCUACAAUUGUGCAGCCAUCAAACCGUUCAUUACAUCCUAAUCCUCAUUUUAAUUUUAUUCCAGAAAGUAUCAGUUAUAGGCUAAACAGAGCCACUAGCUUGGGUUCAUCUGACGCUUAUUCUCUAUUUUCAUCAAAUUUGGCAAUGCCAAACUCUGAGAAUGAUGCAGAGAAUAUUAAUAGAACCUGUCAAAAUAGUGACUUUUAUCCUGCAUUCAACAGUCAGACCAUGCUUCAAUGUGGUGAUUUACCUUCUCUAUCACCUUAUCCAGAUUCUCCUUUGGGGGAUUUACAGUCAGGCAAUCCUGUUUCUGAUAUCCCAAUUAAUGAAGGCAAUGGGGAUGUAUCAGUAUCAUCUCCUGGAUACAUAGCCAUAGGUAGUAUUGAUACAAUGGCUGGAACUUCUCAAUACCCAUCUUCCCAAAGGAAUACUAUAGAACCAGAGGUCAGUGAAGCUAGGCGUCCUUGUAGACGGCUGGGUGCUCUGGAACCUGUGGAAGGAAGCAUGCAAUUUAGCCGAACUCUCAGUGUUGGAAGACUUAGGGAUAGAGUUCUUCGUAGAACAUCUUCUUCUGAGGGUUCUUUGGGCAACCUUCAAGAGGACACUGUAUUUAGAGACAUGAGGCAGAGUAAUGGAAGACGGUUUUGGGGAGCCUUAACUGGAUCAGCAUCUGGAAGGAGUAGGGAAGCACCUCAGUCUCCAGCCAGCUAUGAGUUUUCUAGAACCCCUAGGUCUGUAAAUAGCAGCCAAGAAUAUGAGGUCAAUGUUGCAAAUUUGGGGGGAGGUAACCACAACUUGUUGGGGCAUAGGAGCUCAUUCCUUGAGCGUAGGAGAAGAGUAAGAUCUCAGGUUCGCGCCCUCCAACGGCUAGGUAGUCGUUUUGAGAAUUUAGCUGGGCAUGACAGGUCAUGUAUCUUAUCUGGUGAUCAUCGUACAGGUCGCUGCCUGUGCCAAGCAAGUGGUCGGGUGGAUGAUCCAACAGAUGAUUCAAGUACCAGAGCCAGCAUAUCUAGGAUUGUUAUGUUGGCUGAAGCACUUUUUGAGGUUUUAGAUGAAAUUCACCAGCAAUCAGUAGUCUUAUCGUCUCGACCAUCUGUAUCUUCUCUUGGAUCAGUUCCUGCACCAAAAGAGGUUGUAGACUGCAUGCCUAUAAAAAUAUAUAGUAAACUAGAGAAGCAUCAGAAUGAAGAGACUGCACAAUGUUAUAUAUGCCUUGUGGAAUAUGAGGAAGGGGACUGCUUGAGACUGUUGCCCUGUCACCAUGAUUUCCACCGGUCAUGUGUUGACAAGUGGCUGAAAGAGAUACACAGGGUGUGUCCUCUUUGUCGUGGAGAUGUUUGCCGGUCGGACAUGGAGCCAUCUGAUAAAGUGGAUUAAAGAAGAUGAAAUGUAAUUAACAUUGUGAUGAUAGGGUCUGAUGUGGGCCUCAUGUUCCCAAGGCCUAGUUGUCCAGGUCCAUUGGCACCCAUUUCUUUUAUUUUUGUAAUUUAGAAAGGUGGCCGUGGAUUGGUUGUUUAUAUGCCAUUGCCGCAGCUAUGGUCUUUUUGUUUGAUAUCAGAAUUCAGUUAUUAUGAGGUGUCUUUCCUUUUUCCUUAA